AUGAUCUACGAAGACAUCCCCGGCAUCGAGGUCGCCGUGCAGAUCGGUGGGGCGGAUGCUGUUGAGUACGAUGCCCCCGACGCAGGCGACGAGGAUGCUGCCCGCGCUUCUCUUACCAAGUACGUCGAGUGCAUUGACAACGCCCAGUUUUCCGUUCGGGUGAAGGUGAACGGCGACUACGAUUGGAGAUACAAGAAUCAUGACCUUUGCUUUCGGCUUUAUGUCGAUGGCCACUUCGUCUCUGGCAGGAUUUUCGACCAUGAAUACCCAAGGACCGACACCAUACGCGGUUAUCAUACCGAGAAUCGAGAAACUGGGCAGUGGUACUUGCACAAGCUGCAGUUCGCCCCGGUAACGACUGUGGAUGAUGCCAAGAGAGAGCGUGUUGAAAAGGAUGCAAAGAUUGCUAAAGACCUUGGCGUCAUUACUGUAAAGGUAUACCGUGGCACUACAGGCGCCAGGAUAGCUGGAAGCUCCGCGGACCCGAAGAAACGUCAGCUGGAGCUUGCCGAGAAGUCGCUCAAAGGCAAAGCGGUCUCCCAUGGUGCAACGUACGGACCCAAGGAGAUAGGCCAGCAACAGACGUACUCGGACUUCAUAUACCUUCCGGGUGAGGGUCAAUCAUCGAUAGCCAACUUUAACUUUCUGUACAGGUCGCGAGAGGCACUCAAGCGGGAACUGAUCAUUCCACGAUCACCAUCCCCUUCCCUCGCCACCAUGUCUGCAGCCGAGCGUGACAGACUCGCAAUGGAAAGGCUAGAGCAACUCAAGGAAAAGAAGGUGAAGAAUGAGCGUGGAUGCCGAGUCAAGCGAGAAUUUGGCGAGGUGUUUGAUCUGACGGAGGAUGGAGAUGACGCCCCGCGACAUAGACCUGGGAAGAUGACCAGGAUGUCAUCUGGCCGCGUAGUCGAGGUGAUUGAUCUUGACGACUGA